GAACUCCGAGGGUAAAAAAGUAAACAUAAAAAGCAGAAGAACGGAAACUCAUCCGCUUUUAACCUCACCCCCGAUGAGUUAAGGAACACCUGUCGUCCCGGCUUCCUUUGCGUGUCCAAUAUGGAAGAACUGGCGGUGGAGGUACGUGGCUCCAACGGCGCUUACUACAAGGGCUUCGUCAAAGAUAUCCACGAUGACUCUCUCACCAUUGCCUUUGAGAACAACUGGCAGCCAGAACGCCAGGUGCCCUUCAGCGACGUCAGGCUGCCGCCACCUGCUGACGUCAAGAAGGAGAUCGGAGAAGGAGAAGAGGUGGAGAUUCUCUCCAGAGCCAACGAACAGGAGCCCUGUGGAUGGUGGCUGGCCAAAGUCCGCAUGAUGAAGGGAGAUUUCUACGUGAUCGAGUACGCCGCUUGUGACGCCACGUACAACGAGAUUGUAACGUUCGAGCGUUUGCGGCCGGUCAACCCCAACAAGGCCGUUACCAAGAACUCCUUCCACAAGUGCUCUGUCUCCGUUCCUCAGGAUCUACAGGAAGCGUGCCAGAAUGAAAACGCACACAAGGAUUUCAAGAAAGCAGUGGGAGCCUGUCGGGUUUCGUUCUGCCCAGAGAGCAGCGAGCUGCUGAUCGUGUCCACCAACGAGUCGACGGUGAAGCGUGUGUCUCUGCUGAGCGACAUGCACCUSCGCAGCCUGAGAACCAAGCUGCUGCUGAUGUCACGCAACCAGGAAGCCACAAAGCACCUGGAGACGUCCAGGCAGCUGGUGUCGUCCUUCCAGCAGGAGUUCACCGUGAGGCCCGACCUGAUGGGCCUGGCCAUCGGCAGCCAUGGCAGCAACAUCCAGCAGGCCAGGAAGCUGCCAGGGGUCACCGCCAUCGAGCUGGACGAGGAGACCGGGACCUUCAGGAUCUAUGGAGAGACGGAGGAAGCUGUAAAGAAGGCCAGAAGCUUACUGGAGUUUGUGGAGGAUUCAGUCCAGGUGCCCAGGAAUCUUGUUGGCAAAGUGAUUGGUAAGAACGGGAAGGUGAUCCAGGAGAUCGUGGAUAAGUCUGGUGUGGUCAGGGUCCGAAUAGAAGGAGACAACGACAACAAGCAGCCCAGACAGGAAUUGACACAGGGAAUGGUCCCCUUUACGUUUGUCGGUACGAAGGAGAGUAUCGGCAACGUCCAGGUCCUGCUGGAGUAUCACAUCUCCUACCUGAAUGCCAUGGUGGAGCUGCUUGCGGAGGGCCAGCAGCUAGACGAAGAGCUGAGACAGAUUGCGGCUUUUGCUCAGGGAAGCAGCCUAGCCAGAUUCAGUGUAAACAGGACAAGGCGCUCUGGAUGCAGUGUAGAUGAGGUUGAGCAGCUUCGUCUGGAGCGGAUGCAGAUCGAUGAGCAGUUGCGUCAGAUCACCCAAGGUCACCGGCCGGUCGAUCGGGAGCGGGGCGAGCGAGGAGAGAGAGGCGGUGGGGGAUAUAACGCAGACAGCGGCGGCAACGCGUCGUCAGCCUCGCUGCGCGGCAGCCGCUCCUACAACAGCAGGGGGCGCGGCCGGAGAGGCCACAACUACAACACCGGAUACGGCGCCAGCUCGGAGCAUUCGAAUCCCUCCGAGACGGAUUCGGAGCGUAAAGACGAGCUCAGUGAUUGGUCGCUGGCAGGAGAGGACCUGGACGGGGAGCGAGAGCGAGGCCCCCGCCCGCAGAGAGACGGCCGCCGGAGGCCCGGGCCCGGCCGGGGCCGAGGAGGAGGAGGAGGAAGAGGCAGAGGAAGAGGAGGAUACGGAUACAACUCUGCAGGCUCCAGGGAUCACGAGAACAACCCGCCCUACGGGAGCCUGGAGGCCAACACGGAGACGGACCAGACGGCCGACACGGACGCCAGCGAAUCCAACCUGCCCGCCAACCGCCGCCGUCGCUCCCGGCGACGCAGAACGGACGAGGACGCCACCCUGAUGGACGGCAUGAGCGAGUCCGACAACGCCUCCGUCAGCGAAAACGGGACAGAUUUGUCCGAAGCAAAACCUGAGCGUCGCAAUCGCAGCCGCCGCCGCCGCAUGCGCCUGCCUGAGGAGAGGCAGCCAGUGACUGUGGCCGACUACAUAUCCAGGGCUGAAUCUCAGAGCAGACAGAUGACCGCCAAGGAUACCAAGAAAAACAAGGAAGUGGGUCAGGCGGAGGUCAUUGCUGAGCACAGCCCCCAGUCGGCUCCGGCUACCACCAACGGCUCCAACGACGACGCCCCCACAGCCUCCUCCUGCCAGAGGGAAUCCAACCCACAACCCGUCGUCAACGGACUCUCCUAGUUAGACCCCAGCAGAGGAAAUGGUUUCAAAUAUUGACGACAUUUGAUUGGAUCUCCAUGUCAGCGUAAAAGCGUCAAAUGUUAACAUCUAAACACAACAAGCACUGUUUUUUGUUUUUUUUUAACUUAAUAUUUGAAACCCGUUCUGCAGCAAAACUUUUAGCGCUCUGAACCCCGACCUUCACAUGUUUAUCUCUGCUUCUGUUCAUUUUCUUUUCAAUACUUCUUCCAGUAUGAGCUUGCCAAAGAUAGUCACACACACACACACACACACUCUUAGAGCUGCACUCUUAGUCCUCUCCUCGUCUCUGAGCUCGGACUAAAUGCAGUAUUUCCAUAAUGCAGACAGGGAUUUUAAUCGGAUACUGUGGUGAGGAUGCAGCCGUUUUCCUGGUUCAUAAUGUUGUAGUCUGCCUUCUAUCAGGUGAACGUAGCGGAAUCAUUUCUUUUUGGGACGUUUUGUGCAUCGAGUUAAAUGUUCUGCAUGAGCAGAGUGCAGAAGGUUUGCUGAGAAACCCAAGUGUGACGYACUUGUGAUCAGCUGUCGUGCCUUGAGAGUAGACUCAACAAGUUGCUGCCUGGCUCUGCGCUCCAUCUGGAAUCCCUCCUCCCCUCACCUGCCACCAGCGGAACCAGUCCGGGUCGCCUGCCACCAGCGGAACMAGUCCGGGUGAGUCGGCGUGCGAAAUGCUGAGGGGUUUCAGAGCCUUCUUUUCAAAUCAGGUGUCUCUGCUCUUUAAGUCGUAGGGAAGGGGAUCCGGUGAUCCUUUAAGUGUAUCUGGAGGAUCUUUUGACUUUUAGCUGCUUCCUGUUCUUUAAUAUGCAACCACUUGGAUCAUAGGAGAUGUUAUUACUGCAGAUCUGGAAAAGAAACGAGAAGAGUUGUUUUGUUUGCACUGAAGCGUAACCUUUUACUCUUAAAGCUGAUUGUAGUCGAGUCUGGAAGCCGCUGCGUUGCUGGUUUUCUGGGAACGUCUCGCUGCCCAACCUUCUGUCAGAAAUGACAACCGGAUUAAUCCGGUGUUGAGAUGUUGCAGAAAACCGAAGCAGAGCGACGGCGGUCUUUUCAUGGUUCUUCCACACUGGCUGGCUGGAAACUGGUCACGACUGUUCCUCUGAGGAAGGUUUAUUUGGAUUAUUUAUUUUUUAAAAAGUGUACAGUAUUUAAAAAAACGUUAAAAAAAAAAAAAGACGCUCUUCUUUUUCUUGACACUAAAACGUGAUAUCCAGAGGUUUUCAUACAUCCAUCUACGAUUUGGACUACUGACAGUUGUGACAUCCCAAGAGUUUUUGUUGGGUCAACUACAGUAAACUGUUUUUUUAAGGAUUGUCUGGUUGGUUGAUGUGCAAUAUGUUUUGUACGCAGGUAGUUCCUAAAUAAACUUGAUCUUCUAUGUAGAUCUGAA